AUGUCUCUUGUAGAAAGCAGCAAAGUUCACACCGGUUUCUGGAUCAACCGCUCACGCGACCCUAUUCUCGGUGCCACUUUGACUCUCAAAUCUGAAUAUGGUGCUGUCAUUGUCGCUCUCAGCGCUAUCCUUGUCGGUGUAGCAUCCACGUGCGUUUUCGAAAUCAUUUGUUUCGUAUGGCAUCAAUUACGAGCACGAAAGCCUAACACGACGAUGGUCUGGCGUCAGCAGCAGGUGACGCUGAGGAACACGAUACCGCCUGUGGCAGUGAUUUGGGAUCUCUUGUCUACGGGCUGGAAGUCUAGAGCCUCAAGCUAUACUUCUUGGACCAAAAACCUCUUCUCAGCGACACUGGUGGCCUUUUAUCUCGCCGCAACUUUCGCAGCGAGUCUGUACUCUUCAGCCAUUCUCGAUAGCUCCAAUGUGGAAGUCUCAAUCAGCAGCUCGUCAUGUGGCAUGUGGAAGAGCAUCUACGAAGUUGCAUCCAACAUCGAGAUUGACGAUUUCGUCGUUGCUUCCGGUACAGCGUUGAGCAACGUUAUCAGCGAAAGUAUCAACUAUCAAAGGGCAUGCUACCACGACACCUCAGGCGCAGCUUCGGCUUGCAACACGUUUACAGUGCCAUCGGUAGCUCCCAAUGUUGACAAAAAUGCGGCCUGCCCCUUUUCUGCUUCAAUCUGCUUUGCGAAUCAAGAGAGUGUGAAAAUUGAUUCAGGAAGGCUUAACUCCAAUCACUUCCUCGGCAUCAACUCCUUGUCCAGUUUGGACUUGAGAAAGGUCACAGAAUGCUCGCCUUUGACACAGUCUGGCCACGAACGAUGGACGAGUACGGAAGAAGUGCAACAAUCCUGGCCCAAUGCCAUACCUCUGGACGGAGACUCUUAUGUCAUGCUAGACUAUGGCAACCAGACGUCUUUUCCAUGGACUUGGCUUGGCAACAAAGCGCGAAUGAAUAGCACUCCAAGCUACACUAUGGAUCAAUCUAACACCGUCAGCUGGAUGUACAGCUUCCCAGGCUUCGACGACAACUCGACAUUCGUGCCCAUUCCUGAAUUACAAAGGCACGACGCAGACCUCACGCUCCUCUUCUUAUCUUCAAACAAGAUAUACUUCAAGUCAGUCUCUGAUGAUCCUUUCUUCGCGGCGCACCAGCCCUUUGUGAUGCCAGGUCUCUACGGGAACGAGACAAUGUACCAUGCCGACAACGCUGCCAACGUAUUGGGUUGCACCGAACAGUACCAGUUUUGCACCUUGAGAUCCUGCACAAGCCUGGCCGGAAUUCUCUCGGCUCCAGGAUCAAUCGCCGAACUGAACCUGUCUGCAAUUCAGCUUGCAAUAUUCCACAUCCUCUACCAAUCAAUCUACAACCAGGUCUCAUCCGUCGCCGCCAUCGCCAACGCACAAACACCCAACCUCCUCGCCCAGCAACGUAUGUUCAGCGGACAAAUGCAACUUCCUCUGCCCUCAGACCAAUGGAAGUUAGAGGUCCUUGACUGGCACGCUACCGUCAUGGCCAUGCUUCAAUACUCAAUCGCCAACUUCGCCACCGGCCCCACGCACUCCGACUGGGAACAAUACAUUGAGCCCCCCACGGGAGCGCUCAAGGACUUGUGCGGCAACGUCCGAGUGCGAGCGAACGGAAGCCACGCUAACGUUAGUGUAUUCGGGCUGAGCUUCGUCAUCGCCUUCUGCGGGCUCGCAGUUCUACUGGACGUGAUGCUCCUGAGAAGCGGUGCUUGGGUGGGCCGGUGGACUCCGGGCAUCAGCGGCACGUGGCAGGCAUGGGAGGACGAUGACUUGUUUGAGCUGCUGGCGAGAGCUGAUGGGGCGCGAGACAAACUUGAUGAAGAGAAACAGCAGGGAGAAGAAACACCUGCUAGGGCUGAGUUCCGGUGGGAGCCUGUCAUACGUUGA